UUAACGUCUUUCUCGCUAUAUCGGGCGACUUUUCAAACCCUCCUAGCGACUUUUAUUGUCAAAAGCGACUAGCGACAAAUCUAGCGACUUUUUCCGGUGUUGUUGGAGACUGGUGUUUUGGAGACUGACGUAAAAUCACGUAUCGUUUUGCAGUACUGUCCUCAACGAGGAGCGUGUGCUGCCGUGAGCUCCUCUACCGUCCCAAAGCACUCACAGAACGGAAUUUACGUCAGUGGUUAGGCUGAACCAACAUGGCGGCUGUCAUGAGAAUUGUCAAUAGAAGUGUUUUCAAUUGUAGAAUGGGUCAUCAAUGCUUAGCUUUGAGUACCACUACUUCGGUAGCAGUGGCAAAAUCAGUUGGUGUGACUGCAGAGAAAGCUCUCCCAGAGAGAGUAAAAAUAGUUGAGGUUGGACCCAGAGAUGGUCUUCAAAAUGAAAAGACCAUAGUUCCUGCUGAAGUAAAGAUUCGCCUCAUUGACAUGUUGUCAGAUUCAGGACUCUCUGUCAUUGAAGCCACAAGCUUCGUCUCCCCAAAAUGGGUUCCACAGGUGAAAUGGCAGACCAGGUGGAGGUGAUGAAAGGCAUCAACAGGAAACCAGGUGUGUCCUAUCCUGUACUGACCCCCAAUCUCAAGGGCUUCCAAGCCGCUGUAAAGGCAGGGGCAGGAGAGGUGGCCAUAUUUGGCGCUGCAUCUGAGUUGUUCAGCAAGAAAAACAUCAAUUGCUCUGUGGAGGAGAGCCUGCAACGUUUUGAGGAGGUCACCAAGGCAGCCAAGGAAGCCGGUGUGCCAGUCCGGGGGUAUGUGUCGUGUGUGCUGGGGUGUCCAUAUGAGGGGAAUGUGGCACCAGAGAAAGUAGCACAGGUAGCCAAGCGUCUGUACUCCAUGGGUUGCUAUGAGAUCUCUCUGGGUGACACCAUUGGUGUAGGCACACCUGGGGGCAUGAUUGAGAUGCUGGAGGCGGUGGUCCAGGAGGUGCCUGUCGGCGCCUUGGCGGUGCACUGCCACGACACCUACGGCCAGGCCCUGGCCAACAUCCUCAUUGCUCUGCAGAUGGGCAUCAGUGUGGUGGACUCCUCAGUGGCUGGUCUAGGUGGGUGCCCGUAUGCACAGGGGGCGUCCGGGAAUGUGGCUACCGAGGACGUGGUCUAUAUGCUUCAUGGACUUGGUAUUCAUACAGGAGUGGACCUUCCCAAGCUUAUGGAUGCUGGAGCUUUCAUAUGUCGUUCCCUGAACAGAAAGACCAGCUCCAAAGUGGCACAGGCCACCUGCAAACUCUGAACGUGGACUCUCAAAGCCCUUUCAAAAGGAUACAUCAACGCGUACGUCAAGUAAAGAUCAUGGCAAACAAAAGAACACAUGGGCCACCUUUCAUGACUUUAAUCUGAAAAUUACAUUAUACUUAAAUCUAUCUGAAAUUACCGCUACAAAAAUAUCUGUAUAGACAUUGCUGAUCACUGGUGCCUUAUCAUUGUGGUUAUGUCUUUCAUGUUUGUGGUGCAUUUUUUGCUCCAAUUCCUGUGUACUAUGUGGUCAUUACAUUACUUUACGGCCUAUGCAGACUUAACAAAGAUGGAAGAUUUUAAGUCUGUCUUUUUUUUGCUGUGACUUGCUGUGCCUGUAAACCAGUCUCAAGUCCUACAGUAUACGGACACUUCUGGGGAUUGGAAGCAUGCCUUUCCUCUGACACUUGAUAAAGAGUAUAGUAAUUAUUGUCUGGAAAUGUUAUCACAACUGGGAGACGUUAAGUCAAAGAGAUGGCGUUUGACUAAAUGGGUAAUUUUGGUUAAUGUACUACUGUACGUCUGGGUAACGAUGUUGGCCAAACAAAAUGUUCAUGGCAGUGUUCACCUUUGUCAACUUUCAUUGGGCAUUGGGUGUAGAACCAUUUUUUCAUUUUUCAUGAUUUUCUUCUUGGUUUUACUGUUUGUAAUAAGUAAUGUGUAAAUAUUUAUUGUAAAAGGUUGCACUUUCCAUUGAGUUUAUUAGACAUGUAACCUUGAAGUGAAGAAAUAACUUUGCUUUACCUUAGAAAUACAUAACUGUUUGUUGAAGUUUUCUUUGUUUAUUCAAACAGUUACGAUUCUUCCCAGCUGCAAAUGAAUCAUACUGGUAAAAGGUUA